GUAAAAAUUAUGGUACUGUCAAUUCAAAUCUAAUCUUAUUCACCGGCCAACGUCGUUAAUACAUGGUAGUUUGUUUUUGUCUGCUUGACCAGGUAGCGUGCGAUAUAUCAACACAACAAACACAAGGCGAUAACAUUAUUUUAUUAGUCUCAUUCCGAAUCAAAAGUAUGUCUUGUCCGACAAAUUCACUGAUACCGACCUCUAUCCAAAUGUGUGACGCAGUGCUGUGGACAAUCACAUGAAAAAGUGGCAGCAGUGGGUCUCUUAUGACUUUUCUUAAGGAGAUGACCAUGUUGACGUCAGAGGAUACAAAGAAAAACGGCGUCGACGUCGACCAUAAAAACAGUGUUCGUAGAAGACGCACAGGAAUGUACAAAAUGGACACUAGUGACAGCCUCAUAUUCCAAAACAACAGCUUCUUCGGUACAUUUGCCAUUGGUAAACGGUAUAAAUUGAGCUGCCCUUCUUAGGAUUUUCAGAAGUCAUCUUCAGUUACACUUGAGGUGCGGUGUGUUGAGCAAUCUUAUUCGUUUAUCCCGUUCAUCAUUAACCAACGAAAAAUAUCCGAGGACAUCAUGCCACCUGGCAUUGACGGCAUCUUCCGGCAAAAGUCGACAAGCGAGCAGCUGUCAUUAAGCGGUUACGCUAGAGCUGCCAAGCAGUCAUUCGCUAACUUGCUGUCGAGAAAAAUGGCUACUACUAUCAGUCAGAGUCAGCCUUCGGUCCCCUGGCCGAAUUCGAAAGAUGAUUACGAACUGGGAAAAGUUAUCGGUGUUGGUGCAACAGCAGUCGUACACGGGGCUUUCUGCAAACCACGCAACGAAAAAUGCGCCAUCAAGAGGAUCAAUCUGGAAAAAUGGAACACGUCCAUGGACGAACUGCUCAAGGAGAUACAGGCAAUGAGCAGUUGUAACCAUGAAAACGUCGUCACAUACUAUACCAGUUUCGUGGUGAAGGAGGAAUUGUGGUUGGUUCUAAAACUGUUAGAAGGUGGAAGCUUAUUGGACAUAAUCAAACAUAAGAUGAGAAUAACGAAUUGUAAACAUGGUGUAUUCGAUGAAGCAACAAUAGCAACUGUUCUAAGAGAAGUACUGAAAGGGCUCGAGUACUUUCACAGUAAUGGACAGAUACACAGGGAUAUAAAAGCAGGGAACAUAUUAUUAGGUGAAGAUGGUACUGUCCAGAUAGCUGAUUUUGGUGUUUCAGCCUGGCUAGCUACAGGCAGAGAUAUCUCCAGGGAAAAAGUGAGGCACACCUUUGUCGGAACUCCUUGCUGGAUGGCGCCCGAAGUUAUGGAGCAGGAUCAUGGAUAUGACUUUAAAGCAGACAUAUGGUCAUUUGGUAUCACAGCAAUAGAAAUGGCCACUGGCACUGCUCCUUAUCAUAAAUAUCCGCCAAUGAAAGUGCUCAUGUUAACACUACAGAAUGAUCCUCCUAACUUGGAUACUGGUGCUGAGGAAAAAGAUCGGUACAAGGCCUAUGGGAAGUCGUUUAGAAAGAUGAUAACUGAUUGCUUACAAAAGGAGCCAUCAAAAAGGCCUACUGCCUCAGAGUUAUUGAAACAUCCCUUUUUCAAGAAGGCAAAAGACAAGAAAUAUUUGCAGCAAACCCUAGUCGCGAUUGGACCUAGCUUGGAAACCAGAGUGCAAAAGGCAUCCAAACGACAACCAGGUACGAGCGGUCGACUGCACCGCAAAGAGACUGGUGAGUGGGUGUGGUCUAGUGAGGAUGAGGGAGACAGCGCCGGAGGCACGGGGGCGGAGUCCAGCGACAGCGACGCAGAAUCCAAGCCUAUGAAUACGUUGGUGUCGGCAGGGUCGUCAGGCUCGGAUCAGGAGAGUCAGGCGGACAGCGAGCCACCACCUGUCAAUUUGGUGCUCAGGAUGAGGAACGCCAAGCGUGAACUGAAUGAUAUCCGCUUCGAAUUCGCCGUCGGCAAGGAUUCAGCGGACGGCAUUGCCAGCGAGCUGGUCGGUGCUGGUCUGGUCGACGGCAAGGACAUCGCCGCAAUCUCUAACAACCUACAGAGACUCAUCGAGCAAAGGGACACGCUUAAGGUUGUCACUUUUCAACUGAACUCGCCUUUGAACCCCAAUGAAGUGCCAGACGAUAAAGCCUUGAUAGGGUAUGCGCAGAUAUCAAUUAUGGACUGAGAUAGACUAAUUUCUUUCACAAUAUAUUCAUGUUUUUUCUGGAACCUACUGAUCAUUGUAUAUAUUGUAGAUAGGUUUUUUAAAUGUACUGUUAGCUGUAUUCUAUUUUCAAAUGCUAACAAAUAUAUAGUUUUUUGUUUCAUAUGAUUUAACUUUUUUUGUUAAUGAUCAAAUUGAAACCCGUUGCAUGUGCAGUAUUAAAUAUUUAGUCUGAUGUUUAUAUGAAGUUCUGUACUUGAAGGCUAUAAGGCAGCUAUCCACAUUGAAUUCUCAUUCCCUGUUGGUUGAAAGUGGUGAACUUUUUCAGUUUGAUCUUUAACAUUACAUACACUACUUGCUUGUAAUCAGUUGCUGACUUCAGAUCACGAACGUUGAGGAAUGCAAUGUACUGACGUGUCUUGGACCACAAAAUUACAAAAUGUGGGAAACAUUCAAGUUAUCAAUGUUUAAAAAAUAUUAGCGCUAAACUUGUCCACCGUCAGAACGCUCCUUACAAGAAAGUAUCUGUAUAUCCUUUGAUAUUAUGUUAUUUAAAUAAUUUAUUUGACAAUAAACAAAAGACCUGCCUAAAAUUUGGGUUAUCACGUGUUGAUUGCCUUUUUUAGGAUUUAGUUUACGAAAAAAUUAUAUUAAUUGUUGGUAAGAUCAAACGUGCCAAUCUCUAUUAUGCACAGUCAUAAUCAAAAUUUAUGGAUCGUACAUAUUUGGUUUAAUUUAAUCUGACACCAUUCUGCGUCUGUACAGUUUUAAUCAAUAUACAUGUUUUGAUUUUAGUGCUAGCCGUUUUUCCUCUUACAAAUGAUAGCACAUCUUCAUAAUUAUGAAUUUAUUAAAAAAAUAUGCAGGUAUUCCACCAAUCUAAUAGCGCUGAUUAAUUUUCUAUUAAAUACCCGAAGGUUUGGGGAGUUCUGACAUUAAUAGACACAUCAUUCAAACUUUUUUCUUGAAAUUAGAGAAGUAACCUGAUGAUGUAAACGGUUUUCUCAAAAGGAUUUAUUGUCGAAUAUUUUUAUAUGAUUUUUUUAAUUAUGUCUCAGCCGAACCAGAAAAACCUGUGUUUUUCUAACAAAACUGAAAAUGAUACAAUGUAAUGUUGAACGGUGCCGCUCAUAAUCUGAAAACUUGAGAAUUUUAAAGAUGUAUCUAGUGUUUUUAAAACCUGCUUUAAAUGGACUAAGAGAGCUGAUAUUGUCGUUUUAAGAUGACUAAUGGCAUCAGAUGAUACUAGAGAUUGUCACUAUUUGAUUAGUGACUUUUUGAAAAGCACUCAAACUGGGAAAAAUAUUUCUUCAUAGAUUACAGUUUGACAGAUAGGAGAUAAAGCAUAACUAUGUCGAUUAAUCUAAAAACGUAAAAAAAUUUUGUGACGUUGUGUCCGCAAAUAUAUUGACACAUUCGUUUAAGAAUUCUGCACGAUUUUCAAAAAUAUUUCUCCCAAAAGCUAAGUCAUUGGACGCAGUUUCAGUGCUUAUUACACAGUCCAACAGCCAUUUUGGUGCCGGAGAUGUAAGAACUGAGUUUUAGUAUUUUUGUCGCGCUGAUUCCAAAAAUAGCUAUUUUCUUGCUUUUCGAGACAUAAGUGAUUUAAUAUUCAAAAAUUGCAAGAUGUGCUAUUUUCGAUACCGAAACAAUAUUAAUAAACGAAAAUUUUAAUGUUUUCAUAGUUCCUAAAUAUUCUUCAAACAACCAUUAAACAUUUCCGAAACAUUUAAUGGGGUAUUGUAAACUUUUGUUUUUUAAGUGCUUUUAACUAAAUUUCAAUGUUUAUUAAAUAGUAAGUGAGCUUACUUCUUAUAUUAAGAGGCGCAUGCCUUAAGAUGUAAAUUUGGCACAUUUUGCACUUUUUCAAAUAUUAAAUGGCUUAUAUCUCGAAAAAUUAGAGAUGCUACGAAAAAUACAAGGCAAUUUUUAAAUCAGAGCAUCAGGAAUAUUUAAAAUCAUUCGUCUGCUUCUUCGGCCCAAAAGUUUUUCAUUCUGUUCAAUAUAUUUUCAUAAUUUGUACUUAAAUAGUUCCACUGUACCAAGUUUUCAAUUUAAGGUAGUAAUAAUUUCAUGUUAUUGCUUGCACGCAGUUCUUUAUAGAUAAUUUGAAAUAGUUUGUGAAUGUCCUCAGAAAUGUUCAAUUAUGUUUAUACAGGAUUUGAUUUUUUUGAUCUUGACUAAAUUUCCUCAUCUGUAUCUAUUAAAUUGUGUUCCUCUUUCAUAAGUGCCUUUUCUCUGUUAUACAAUUAUCAUUUUUAGCUAAAAGUCAUGUUUUUACUUUUUUUUUCAAAACUUUGGAUUGAUGCAUAUCGAAUGAAAUAAAACACAUUUCUGGGAGUAUCACAUCAGUCGAUUAAUAGUUUUAAGGGACGCCAACAGAAUGCCUUGAUUUAUUGUAGAAUGAAUAGUAUUUUGUCAACCUAUCUGCUUGAUAUUGUAAGAUAUCGAAAUAGCCUAGGGAUUAUAGCGCCUGUUUAAAGGCAAGCCAAUACUGUUUUAAGUGAUCCAUACUGAGAAAUAAUAUUUGUACAUGGGAUUGGUAAUUUCUAUAUAAAAAUAUUUAUUUCAAUAAAAUAGUUGCAAUGUUA